AUGGACAGGUAUCUAUUUCAGCAGACUCAGGAAAGAGGGACAAUUCCAAACAGCACUCCUAAAUUCACAGUAAAUAUCGAGCUUAAGACUUUCAAGCUAGACAGAAAGCUUUACAGAGCGCGACGCUGUGCGGAGCCGGGCGCAGCUGUUCUACGCUCGGCCGCGGGGACAGUAGCAGAGAACGGAAGGGCACUCGGGCUGGCGCCCGGCCCUCGCGCCCUCGUCGCCGCUCCUCGCCCUGCCGUGCGCUCCUGGAGGAUGUCUCGGCCUGGGCCGCGGUACGCGCCGCGGAGGCCCCGUCCCCUUCAGCCGGUCUCGGCAGCGGUCCAGGCGCCCGCCCACCCACGUGGGCGCCCGGAGGGGCGAACCGAGAGGCGGACGCUCGGAACCAGACCGGAAGCCGAGGGAGCAGCCGCGCUGUCGCGCCUCGCCCCUCCCGCGAGCCCCCCGGGCUGGUCUUUCCGCGGAGCGGUGUCGGAAGUCCUCGGUCGGGCCGUGUUGCGCGUGAGCUCCCUGCUCGUGCCCAGCCAAGCAGCUGGACGGACGUGCGCACAAACUUUGACACAGUGCGAUGAGCACAACAGAAAGCAGUAUUGUGAGGUUGCAGGUGAAAAGCUGCUUGAAUCCAUAGAUGUGGGACCUACAAAUACAUAGGGUGGACUGUAUUCCCAUUUGUCAAAUUAGCGGAGUAGAUGAGUAAGUGUUGAACAAAUUAAAACUUCCGUUAUGCUGAGGAUGGAGCUCGUGGGAGAGCAUUUGCCUAGCAUGCAUGAGGCCUUGAAUUUGAUCCCUGACAGUGCGAAAAAAACCUAAAAAGCCUGUUCUCAAGGUGUUCCAUUACUAAAGGCUAAUGAGACUAAAUGGCAGCAGAAAGAAAGCCAGGGUGCUCUGGGCUCCUUUUAGGAAGUUCCUUACUUAAGCACCAGACUCAAAACCUCACAUGAAAUAGGUACAAGCUCAAGGGCAGGUUUUAUUUACAAACAGGCUUUGACCAUCCACUUUGACAGUAACACCAAAUGUAUUAACCAUUAGUUGUAUUAGAAAAGGGGAUAAUUUGCAUGGAGAUCUAAAACUUCUAACUGUUCUCCCACUAAUCCACUCUAUACCCCAUAUGGCAACCAAAGUGGCCUUAAAAUAAAUGCGAUGCUGUACUCCUCUAUUUAAA